CUUUAAUUAGUUUCCCUUUUACUUUGCGUUUUCAUGUGUGUGAAAGAAUUCAAAAACUCAUUUGAGAGAUAAUGAAAGAGAUGAAUCAGAAAAUGGGGACUCACAAGUUCAGAUUUUCAGACAUCCACUCAUGGCUUUAUAAGCUCAAAGACAUGAGAAGAAGUAGGAGAAAACACCAUCCUUCUUCUCCCAAACACCUCUCCUCGGCUGAUGCUUCUUCCUCAAGAAAGCUCCGUGACCCUCUUCGUCGCCUCUCUUUGACUACUCAUCAUCAUUCUCAAGCUUCUAACUCACCUCCCAAUAGAUCUUCUUCUUUCAAGAGAAAAAUCAAACGUAGAACCGUUUACAAGCCUUCCCCAAGGCUCAAGCUCUCUACCUCUUCCUCUCUAAAUCAUCGUUCUAAAUCAUCAUCCUCUGCGAAUGCAAUCUCUGAUUCCGCAUUUGGAAGCUCUUCAGAUCGUGUACCAUCUCCGUCUGACCAAAACUAUGGUUUUAACCGUCCGCAUUCAAUUGACAUCGAGGACGAGGACCACUCUAUGAGGAAGCUUGAUGAUGUAUCUGAAGAUCCUUCAAUCUCAGCAAACUUGACUGUAAAGGAACCACAGAAGAAACUGAACGCAGGGAUACGAAUUCGGGCCAAUUCUCCCAAGAUCGUGAGAAAGAAGACAAGGACCCCGAAGAAGGGGAUUGCCAAGAGUUUCGCCAUAGUUGUGUCUUCCGUAGAUCCUGAGAAAGAUUUCAGAGACUCCAUGGUUGAGAUGAUAUUGGAGAACAAGAUGAGGGAAGAGAGAGACCUGGAAGAUCUUCUCGCAUGUUAUCUUUCACUGAAUUCGAAUGAGUAUCAUGACGUUAUAAUCAAAGCAUUCGAGAAAACAUGGUUUCAUUUGACUCUCCUCACCUGAGGACUCUCUCUCUCUCUCUCUCUCUCUGAGUAUCAUAUAUGGUUUCCAAUGCAUGUUCCUAUCUUUUCCAUUUCUUUUAUAAUUUUGAUGGAAAUAUUGCUAUUAAAUUACAAGGUUAUAUAGUUACGGAGGAAUAUAAUAUGUUCUGUUUUGAGAUCACGACGUACGGAUCGAGCAGAGCAGCUUCCAUUUGAUAACUAUCAUAAGGGGGAGCUCGAGGGAAAAUGAAGCUCAAUAAAUUCUUGACAAAAAAAUGAAACCAGUGGAGAAUCUCAACAAUGCUUGGGUCCAGUCUCCUUUACAUAACCAACCAACCGCCCA